AUGAGUGCCUUGGGUCAAACCAGGCCCAAAGUACUUAGACCGUUCGCGGUAAAGGAACUCAAAUUACUUCUACUGGAGAAUAUCAGUCAGGAGGCUGUUCAGGCUUUCAAAAGCAACGGUUUUCAGGUGGAACACAAUCCCAAGGCGUGGUCUGAAGACGAGUUGGUGGCAAAGAUUGGCGAAUAUCAUGCCAUUGGCAUUCGUAGUAAGACGAAAAUCACAGAAAGAGUCCUUCAACAUGCCACUCAGCUGCUUACGAUUGGAUGCUUCUGCAUCGGAACGAAUCAAGUCGAUCUUCUUGCCGCUGCCAAGCGUGGUAUACCAGUGUUCAAUUCCCCUUUCUCCAACUCUCGAUCAGUCGCGGAACUGGUAAUAUCCGAAAUGAUUGCUUUGGCCCGACAACUUGUCGAUCGUGCCCGUGAAAUGAAGGAAGGCAAUUGGAACAAGGUCUCCAAAGGCUGUUGGGAGCUUCGAGGGAAAACGCUGGGUAUCAUUGGCUAUGGCCACAUUGGAACUCAGCUUUCUGUUCUCGCGGAGGCGUUCGGAAUGCGAGUGGUUUAUUACGACGUACUAUACAUCAUGCCUCUUGGAACGGCUACUCAACUCGAUACCCUUGAAGAGCUACUUGGGCAAUCGGACUUCGUUACCCUUCACGUACCCGAGUCACCCGAGACCACCAAUCUCAUUGGCGUCAAACAACUCGCCCAUAUGAAACGUGGCGCUUAUCUCAUCAAUAACGCCCGUGGUCGUGUGAUCGAUAUACCGGCUGUUAUCUCGGCUCUGAAGCAGGGUCACAUUGCGGGCUGUGCAAUUGACGUCUUUCCCGCGGAGCCCGGCGCCAACGGCACAGGAGUAUUCAAUGACCAGCUGAACGCUUGGGCUUCUACCCUCCGCUCACUCCCGAAUGUAAUCCUCACUCCUCACAUCGGUGGAUCAACCGAAGAGGCCCAGCGUAUGAUCGGCCUCGAGGUAUCCACCUCCCUCUCGCGAUAUCUCCUGUAUGGUACAACGCCUGGGGCGGUGAACUUCCCUGAAGUUGAUUUACGGGCCAUUUCGGAUGAUCAGCCAUCGAUCAUUCGAGUAUGCCAUUCACAUAAGAACGAACCUGGCGUGCUGAGGAAAGUGAACGAAAUUCUCAGCAAUCAUAACGUCGAGAAACAAUUUUCGGAUUCAAAGGGCGACGUCGCGUAUGUGAUGGCGGAUAUUUCGGACGUCAGUCCCGAGGAAGCCAAGAACCUUCACGAACAAUUGUCGCAGACCAAAAGCAAUAUUCUUACCCGUCUGUUGAUGUAA